GGCCCACAUGCACCAUAUAAAUGUCAUUUGUCACUUCCGCCUCUAGAAAAAAGAUAAAAUCUUUGUCUCUGAUAUCUGUCGUUUAUUCGACGAGCCCUCAUAUUUUCUCGUGAAAUAAACGCCGAAAAUGGCGAAAAGGAUUGCACAGAGCUCGGUAAACUGGGCCGCCCUCGCCGAGAGGGUGCCACCUGAACAAAAGGCCAGCCUGGCGGCUUUUAAAGUCAAGUCGGACAACUAUCUCCGAAGGGUCCUGGCCAACCCUCCCGAGCCGCCGAAGAUCAACUGGAGUCUGUACAAGCAGACAGUGCCUGUUGCUGGCAUGGUCGAUAACUUCCAAAAGCAGUACGAGGCUCUGAAGAUCCCAUACCCCGCCGAUACCCUGACCGCGCAGGUCGAGGCGCAGUGGAAUGAAAUCAAGAAGGCGAUCGAUGCUUUCAUCAAGGAUUCCAAUGCUAACAUUGCUUCGUACCAAAAGCAAAUUGAAGAGACCAAGGCGCUCCUGCCAUAUGAUCAGAUGACCAUGGAAGACUUCCGCGAUGCUCAUCCUGAUCUCGCGCUCGACCCCAUCAACAGGCCUACCUUCUGGCCGCACACGCCUGAUGAACAGCUUGGCUACGUCGACCCUGAUGCACCUCCCCCACAGGCACAUUAAGAUUGUUAACAUAGCGUAUAUUCCGCGCGUAUAAGUAUUAAACAGUUAAUAAAAUUAUGAAAAACCUUUGUACAAAACCUUUGUACGAUACACACGCAUCUAAACUAUGUGUGUGAAUGAGCUUAUAUGCACAGAAAAUACGCUUAAUAGUAAACGCCCGUGAUGUGGCCUCAAGCGAAUCGGUCAAAUCAGCUAUGUCAUGAUAGUUCAAUCUUGGAGCCGUAUCAAUGAAUGUUUCUGUUAUUUAUGUAGGAAUAAAGAAAUAUAAUACGUA